AUGGCGGGCGCGGCCAGGAAGAAGCUUGUUGGGCGGUACGAGGUGGGGCGGACCAUCGGGCAGGGGUCGUUCGCCAAGGUGAAGUUCGCGGUCGACGCCGACACGGGCGCCCCCGUCGCCAUGAAGGUGCUCGACAAGGCCACCAUCCUCAACAACCGGAUGCUGCAACAGAUAAAAAAGGAGAUAUCAAUAAUGAAGAUUGUAAGACACCCCAACAUCAUCAGGCUAAACGAGGUUCUAGCUGGACAGACAAAGAUAUACAUAAUCAUGGAGCUUAUCACCGGAGGCGAGCUGUUCGAUAAAAUAGCCCGCCAAGGGAAGCUUCGUGAAAAUGAGGCUAGGAAGUAUUUCCAGCAGCUUAUUGAUGCCAUUAACUAUUGCCAUAGUAAAGGUGUCUAUCAUAGAGAUCUGAAGCCUGAAAACCUGCUUCUUGAUUCACGCGGGAACUUAAAAGUUUCUGAUUUCGGACUUAGCUCACUGUCCAAAAACGGCUUUCUUCACACAACAUGUGGCACCCCGAAUUAUGUUGCUCCUGAGGUGCUUAGCGAUGGUGGCUAUGAUGGAUCUGCAGCAGAUAUUUGGUCAUGUGGUGUCAUUCUUUACGUUUUAAUGGCUGGGUACCUUCCCUUUGAAGAAAAUGAUCUUCCAACCUUGUAUGAUAAGAUAACUGCAGCUCACUUUUCAUGCCCAGAUUGGUUCUCUCAAGGAGCCAAGUCAUUGAUCCAGAGAAUACUUGAUCCAAAUCCAAAAACUCGUAUGACUAUUAAAGAAAUGAAGGCAGACACAUGGUUUAGCAAGAAUUAUGUAGGCGUUAGACAUGGUGAAGAUGAAAACGUCAGUCUGGAUGAUGUACAGGCUGCUUUUGAUAAUAUCGAGGACAAGUAUGUAUCUGAGCAAGUUACUCGUAAUGACGGUGGUCCUCUUAUGAUGAAUGCCUUUGAGAUGAUUACCCUAUCUCAAGGUUUAAAUCUUUCAUCAUUAUUUGAUAGACAACAGGAGUAUGUCAAACGCCAAACUCGCUUCGUCUCAAGGAAACCAGCAAAGACUAUAGCUGCUACAAUUGAAGUUGUUGCUGAUUCCAUGGGUCUCAAGGUGCAUUCCCAGAAUUACAAGUUGCGUCUUGAAGGAGUAUCAUCAAACAAAAUGAGCCCAUUUGCUGUUGUUCUAGAGUUCUACAAGAACUUAUGCAGCAAGCUUGAGAGCAUAAUCUGGAGACCGAUAGAGGUUUCUGCAAAAUCUGCAUUUCUGAGGACAACUACUUGCUAG